UCCUUGCAGUCCAUUAUUUUUUUGCUCUACUUAUUGUGGUUGUCAGUGCAGACUGCUCCGACACGAUGAUGUCUCUGGGCAACACAUUGUUCGGGGAAGCUGAAAAUGGAAACGGGGGGAAACAGAGGACACUGUGUCCGUUUCACGGCUGUAAGCGGGUCUACACCGACACAAUCCUGGAGACUCACAUCAAGGACCAUGAGAUCCCGGCGGAGUCUCUUCCUGGAAAGGUUUUCCUUUGCUCCAGCAUCGGCUGCGGGGGUUCUUUCCCCAACAUGCUGAAGCUGAUGGAGCAUAUGAGGCAACAUCACAAACCCAACAUAUACUUCUUGUGUGAGAACUGUCGCACAAAGUUACGGACCUACAAAGGCCUCCUCACUCACCUGCACACCUGUUCAAAAGUGUCACAGGGCAAAACAAAGCUGCCUGAACCGAUGCCCCCCCCUCCAGCUGCUGCUGCUCCAACAGACCCGAGCAUGACCCCCACAGCCAUGGACCAGGACCCACCGCAGCUGGAGUCUGUGUCCUCAUCCCAGCAACUUCAAAUCCAAAACACGGACGGUUCCUUACCCGCUGCUGUUCCUCAAUCAGAGUCUGCUGCCCCCCCUCAUCUUGGUCCCCCAUUCUUGCCCAACCCAGACCCCUCCCCUCCCCAGCUUGCAGCCCAGCAGCUCACGGAUGCUGCUUUGCUGCCUCAGCUCAUAAACGAAGCCUCUGAUAUGCCUCCGUCUCUAAACCUUGAGGGGACAUCAGUGGUUCCUGACGCCCCUGAUACCCGGGGUCAAAACCAGGCACCAUCAGGAUCUCUUGAGCCUACCCAACCUGCUUCAGGAUCGUCUCCUCUGUCUCCUCCUCCUUCAGCUGUCUGGAGGAAAAAUCAAGCUCAAACCUCCAGCAGACGAGUCCUUUGGGAGCACACCAGAGGGCGCUACACGUGUUUGCAGUGCGGCCACACGGUAACCAACCGUAAAGACAUGAGUCAACACAUCAGCGCUCAGCACAGCGGGAACAAACCUGCAGAAGACACGGAGAGCUCUGCAGCCACGUCGUAAUGUGGAAGCAGAACGAUGCAAUGAACUUUUGGAAGCAAAUGUUUCUUUUUUGUUUUCCUCAAGAACUCAACUGUAAAUGAAAGUUUCUGUCAAACGCUCUGCAACAGGUUUUGUAUAAAUCCUCUCUCAGUGAAGAGCCGGCAGCUGUGCUUUAAAAGAAACAAAAAAACAUUACAAGUGACUUUUGAUCAAAUAUGAGACGGCUGUUUUGCUCUCUGCAACGUGUCCUAAAAUUGAUGAUACUUUCUCUUACCUUGAGAUAGUUAUUAACUCCAUCCACUCUUCUGCUUUUGUUUUAAAGAAACGUUUAUCAUGUUGUGUUUCUUCACGGUGAAUGUCAAACCCUAGGAAGUUGUUGCCGUUAGAUGUUUGAUCAGCAGACCCGUAAACACAGUUUGUAAAUCAAGGUAAGAACAGAAUUUGAGAUUUAGUAUCCAACACUAAUAGUACACAGUGCACUUAACUCGACUGGACAGCAGAUAAUAAACUCUCAGCUGACAUCAUG